UGCCACGCAAGACCCUCCAAGAAAAAAAGCAACGUCUGACACGAGUGCUAGCCAUGCGUAUUUUACUGUGGUUUUUGCAUGUAGCUUUGAUCACGCUACUGCAAUCUACCGCUAUGGUGGCGGCGAAGAGUGCAAACUCUGAGCUAAGCAAAACGUCGGAAUCAAGGGCGAGCAUGGACCAAGCUCGCGCGAAUUCAACGAUGGACCCGCCUCAACCGCACCUACGAGGCAAUGAUAACGUGGGGGGCUUUCAAGACUCGUCGACUGAAGAAGACAGAGGUUUUUUUGAUCAAGCCGCAAAAUUUACCGAGAAACUUAUUGGCACGACUCGAAUGGACAGCUUGAGACAAAAGAUGGAGAUCCCUUCCUUUAAACUCGCUCGAGCACUUGGGAAGACACCCAAACAAUUUGAAGACAAGUUGAUGAAAAAUCUGGCGAAAAAAGGGAUUACGGAUCCCGUCAAAAUAGAGAGGAGCAAGGCAUUAGCCCAGGAAUACGGUCUUUACUUCGUGAGGAACAUGGGCGCUGGUAAAUUGUAAGCAUUGCAAGCGAAGCGGCUCGGACCUCGUUAUUUCUACAAGGCGGCAAAGCAGCGAACGAGCGUAGGCGAUCAGGAUGCUUACGUGGCCAUGGCUAAGCGCUACGAACCGUGGGUGGUAAACAACAAUCUACGGUACUUCUAAGGAACAGGGCUGUGAGGCACUGGUGGAGUGCAGUCAGCCUGUAACCGAAGCAGUAGAUCCAACGUUAC